UCGCUAAAACCCACGGCGAGAAUCAGGGGCGGUGAGACCCACCGUGAGUGAGUGCCUCACUCCCUCCUCGCUCCAGUGGUAACUGAAGCUUAUAAACCUCACCCGGGCGACACCCUGCGGAGAGCAGAGAGAGGGGUUAGGUGAGAGAAGCAGAGCCUUUUUGUUGGGCAUGGUGGGGAACAGGCGGCGGGAGCUGCAGGAGAGGGACAGGAGGCGGCGGGAGCUGCAGGACAGCGCGCGGCGGGAGGAGCUCGGGCGGGAGAGCAGGGAGGCGGCGGCGGCGGCCGCCAUGGCGGCGGCGGGCAAGGAGAGGGCCAGGGAGAAGGGGAAGGGGAAGGAGCGGGAGAAUGGCGGAGAGGGCGGCAAGUUCGGCCAGCAAUUCGCCAGGGUGUUCCUGCCGCAGCUCUACGGGGAGAGAUUGAAAAUUCCACCAUCAUUCAACCAGUACCUUCAGGAUCAGCCUACUGGAGUGGUUUCCCUAAAAGGUCAAAGUGGCAACACAUGGCUUGCAGAGCUGGCUUCAGACAAUGAAGGAUUGUUCUUUGUGAAGGGAUGGAAGGAAUUUGUCAGAGACCAUUCGAUUGAGAUGGGUCACUUCUUAACAUUCCGUUAUGAUGGACGCUCACAAUUCUCAGUGGUCAUCUUUGAUGGAAUGUGCAUUGAGAAGCCUUCAGCUUUUCAUGCUAAGCCUCGCAAGAAUCUGGUUGUUAAAAUAGAAAGUGGUAAAGGGGACAUGGACAUCAAUGCAGCUGAUCCAUCACAAGUAUCGGCUGCCCCCUUGGAGGAGAGUAAUGAAACCACAAGGAAGAGGGUUACAGAAAUGGAUGCAGAUGGCUCUACAUCGAAGAAGCGCUCUAGUAUCUUGGAAAACGGUAUGCCUGAAGCUUCGGCUGUUACAUGUAAGGUGGCAUCAACGAGCCUUAACGUGGACAUGAAUACAGCUGACCCACCAGAGGCAGUGGUUGUUCCCUUAGAAGAGAGCAACCAAACCACUAGGAAGAGGGUUAGAGAAAUCGAUGCAAAUGGCUCUGCAUUGGAGAAGUCCUUGAGGGUUAGAGAAAUCGAUGAAAAUGACUCUGCAUUGCACAAGUCCUCGAGGGUUAGAGAAAUCGAUGCAAAUGACUCUGCUUUGCACAAGUCCUCGAGGGUUAGAGAAAUCGAUGCAAAUGACUCUGCGUUGCAGAAGUCCUCGAGGGUUAGAGAAAUCGAUGCAAAAGACUCUGCAUUGCAGAAGUCCUCGAGGGUUAGAGAAAUCGAUGCAAAUGACUCUGCGUUGCAGAAGUCCUCGAGGGUUAGAGAAAUCGAUGCAAAUGACUCUGCGUUGCAGAAGUCCUCAAGGGUUAGGGAAAUCGAUGCAAAUGACUCUGCAUUGCAGAAGUCCUGUAUUGCCUCAAACAAGGAUAAGAAAAGGUGUCCUGCAGCUUCAGUCGGUACUUACAAGUCAGCUUCAACAAGUCUUGACAGUACUGAAGAUUCUGAUUCCUCAAGCAGCAUGUUAGAACAAAGUAUCUCUUGCAUCAAGUCUGAAUUGACAUCACCCAUUCGGCUCGGAGUGAGUAAGGAUGUUGCUAGACGUGGUCAAACUAGCGCGACGGGUAAGAGACUACUAAGAGUACUAUCACAAAGGCCACUGAUAACUGAAAUACAGAAGGACAAUGCUCUGCUAAGGGCAAAACAAUUUAAAUCCAAGAAUCCUUUCGGUCUUCAGAUAAUGAAGGAGUCUUAUGUAUAUGUGGGAUUUUUCUUGAAUCUACCCUGUGAAUUUGUAAGGGAGUGUCUUCCCCGUGCCCACAGGAAGUUAAAGCUCUGGAAUCCACAAGGAAAGUCUUGGGAUGUUAACUAUGUCUACUACAGCGAACGCUGUGGUGGCGGUUUGAGUGGUGGCUGGGGCAAGUUUUCUCUAGACAAUAAUCUGGAGAAGUUCGACGUGUGCGUCUUCGAGCUCUUCUCGAAGGACAACAUAAAAGUACACAUCUACAGAGUCGUCCCAGAAAUAACCCCAUUCCUCCCUGGUCCUGGCAAGAAAUAACAGUCAUGUGCACAUGUUGAGGCAGUGUUCUCUUUCAUUAUCUAAAAAGUAUAUGUGGAGCUCUAGAAGGUUGCAGAGGCAGUGGGGUUCCCUCCUUUUCGAAGAAAAAUGGUGCUAGAAGGCAAUAAGAACACAAUAUUCAAUUAUUGGUGACAUUAAAAAAAAUUGACUCUCUAAUAAACGUAGCUAUGUUCUUAUUGGAUUGUGGAGUAAAUCGGUUAGCCCCAGUCGUAUCUGUUCGAGAAUAACCGUGUAGCGUUGCUGCCAUUUGUAGUUCUGCAUUAUUUGAACAGAGUGUGUUAUUUCUACUAGGUUU